AUGGAUAACGCCAAUCUGUGGACUCGUCGGGCCAACUCCUCCAAAUUGUCACUCUCGAUGUCCGGUACAGACGGCAAGGACGGUGCUCGCGUUGACCUGCCCCGCCCCUCCAAGCGUUUCGGUCCUGAUAGCUCGCAUGGCCGUUCAAAUCCGUUCAAUGCCAUCUCCCCUCUUUCAGCCGGUGUCUCGUCCCCGUCCACCAACGCCUCAUCGGCCUUUGCGCUGGGCACCGGGGCUUUCGCCUCGUUCGGCGCGCCGAAGACACCCGGCGGCUCGGCCGAUCUGAAGACGCCCGGGGAAAAGCGCGACGUUUCCACAGACCAGAACGACUCGACACGGGCCAAGGCGCACGCCAACGGUCACCCCGGGGCGGGGGAACAUCCGCUAAAGUCGACCUGGAUCGUCUGGUACCGUCCACCAACCCCCAAAUACUCCGACUACGAGAAGUCGACGGUGCCAUUGGCCGCGAUAGCUUCCGUGGAGAGCUUCUGGGCGGUCUAUUCGCACCUGAAGCGGCCGUCGCUCCUCCCGACCGUGUCGGAUUAUCACAUCUUCAAGAAGGGCAUCCGCCCUGUCUGGGAGGACGAGGCCAACAAAAGGGGUGGCAAGUGGAUUGUCCGGCUGAAGAAAGGGGUCGCUGACCGAUACUGGGAGGAUCUCCUCUUGGCUAUGGUCGGUGACCAAUUUGCCGAGGCGGGCGAUGAGGUAUGCGGUGCUGUUCUGAGUGUGCGAGGUGGUGAAGAUGUCUUGAGUGUAUGGACCAAGAACGACGGUGGGCGUAAUAUCAAGAUUCGGGAAACCAUUAAACGCAUGCUCGCAUUCCCUGCCGACACCAACAUUGUCUGGAAGAGCCAUGACGACAGCAUUGCCCAGCGCUCCGCAAUUGACCAGGCGCGCCAGGAGAAGACCCAAACCACGGUCCCUACCCCAGCUGGCCAUCCUGGAGCGGAGCGGCGCCGCGCCGAUCACGAUGACUCGGACAAGGGCAAGGGAAGCCCCGCUCUGUGA